AAGGAAGGAGUGUCACAACUUCCGGAUCCCGGACUGGACUUGAGCCCAAAGGCAACUACAAAUCCCACCACCUUCCGCGGUCUUGGAGCCUCUCCUCUGUCUUGUGCCAGGGAGAACUACAGGUCCCGGAAGCCACCGCGGCAGCGCUUACGGCGCCCGACAGGGACGUGGUGGCGAAAGCGGUUACCAUGGAGUUGCGCUGAGUAACCCAGAGGUAGUGGGACGCCGAGGCUGGAGGGGAAGCAACUGCGGGGGGUAUUUCCAUUUUAACAGGGAACAAUCCCUGAACCCAAAGGAAUGAAUCUCUAAUGGUGGAAUUUCAGGCAUCAGUGACAGGGCCCAUACUUGCACACAACAAAUGAUGGCCUGAGAGAUGAACAAACGGGACCACAUGAAGACUUCGGUACAGGAGCCCCCCCUGGACUACUCCUUCAGAAGCAUCCACAUCAUCCAAGAUCUGACAAGUGAGGAGCCAAGGACAGGGCUACGACCACUGAGGCAUUCAAAGUCAGGGAAGUCGCUGACCCAGUCCCUGUGGCUGAACAACAAUGUUCUUAAUGACCUGAGAGACUUCAACCAGGUGGUCUCACAACUGCUGGAGCACCCAGAGAACCUGGCCUGGAUCGACCUGUCCUUCAAUGACCUGACUUCCAUCGACCCUAUCCUGACAACUUUUUUCAACCUGAGUGUCCUCUAUCUCCAUGGCAACAGCAUCCAGCGUCUGGGGGAGGUGGAUAAGCUGGCUGUCCUCCCUCAGCUCCGGAGCCUGACACUUCAUGGGAAUCCCGUGGAGGAAGAGAAAGGGUAUAGGGCACAGGAGGGAACCAUGUCCCCUGCCAUCGCACUGGCCUUCCUGCCACUGGUGGUGACAUUGCUGGUGCGGUACCGGCACUACUUCCGGCUGCUGGUACGUACGGUCUUGCUGCGGAGCCUCCGAAACUGCCUUUCAGGGCUGCGAACCGAGGAGCGGGCCUUCAGCUACGUGCUCACCCAUGCCCUGCCCGGGGACACUGGUCAUAUCCUCACCACCCUGGACCACUGGAGCAGCCACUGUGAAUACCUGAGCCACAUGGGGCCUGUCAAAGGUCAGAUCCUGACCCGGCUGGUGAAGGAGAAGGCUCCUACCUGUGUGCUGGAGCUGGGAACCUACUGCGGAUACUCCACACUGCUUAUCGCCUGUGCCCUGCCCCCUGGGGGUCACCUUCUCACGGUGGAACGGGACCCACGUACAGCAGCAGUGGCUGAAAAACUGAUCCGCCUGGCUGGCUUUGAUGAGUGCACGGUGGAGCUCAUCAUGGGUAGCUCAGAGGAGGUGAUCCCACACCUGCGAGCCCAGCAUGGGCUGCACCAGGCAGAGUUGGUGCUCCUGGCACACCAGCCCCGAUGUUACCUGAGGAACCUGCAGCUGCUGGAGGCCCAUGCCCUGCUGCCAGCUGGUGCCACUGUAUUGGCUGACCAUGUACUCUUCCCUGGUGCACCCCGCUUCCUGCAGUAUACCAAGAGCUGUGGCCGCUACCGUUGCCGCCUCCACCACACGGGCCUCCCAGAUUUCCCUGCCAUCAAGGACGGUAUUGCCCAGCUCACCUACUCUGGACCUGGCUGA